UUACGUGUUUAGUUGCUUUUUAUUAUUUUUAUUGAAAGGCGACGAUUUUCAGUAAAUAGAGGAAAAAAAGAAUUUUUUAAACUGAUUCAUGUGGAUAAGCCAAAUGGACGUGAAAAUAUUCAAAGGUUUCUAUUGUUUGGUAUUGAUUUCGUUUUCGUUGUCAUUGAUUGCAUCAACGUAUGGGCUUUAUUGUCAUGUGUGUUCAUCGGAUAAAUUAGAAGAUUGUGCGACACUCCGUUCGAUUGAGGAUCUACCAACAGAGCUUUGUCCUAGUAAUUCUGCGUCAUGUUUUACGAAAAUCGAACAUGGAAUCACUAUCCGAGGAUGUACACGAUCAACGGGAAAGAUCUCUCUGAACACCGAUUUUUUUGCCAUUUGUAAGUCAAAUAAUUGCAAUGCACAGAAUUUUCCCGCCGAUCGCUUAAGUUGUUUACAUUGCGAAGGAGGUAGUUGUGCAAAUCAAUCAAAUUCGAUUGAAAUGAGAUAUCCGUGUGUGAACUAUCAUCCAAAUGAUCAAUGCUAUAGCAUAAUCUCCCACGAUGGUAGUAUGGCAUAUCGUGGUUGUAUGUCAGAUGAGGACAAAGUUGGCAAAGACUUUUGUUCAAUGAAUUUCGCGCAGUGUCAUACAUGCUCAGGACGAGCAUGCAAUUCAAAUCUUUUGAAAUUCGAGACGGCAAUAUCAUGCGUCAAAUGUAAUCCAGAUGCAAGUUCUGACUGUAAUUUGAUUGACGAAAAUAUUGAAGCUGCUGAAUGUGCUGCAACGACUUUUGGUUAUAAAAAUGCCUGUUACAUUUAUAAAAGCGAUGGAAUUGUCCAACGGGGUUGUUUGUAUGAAGCAUCAGAUGAUAUUUUCAAUGAAUGCAACAAUGAAUUCGUUAACAAGUGUCUGCUUUGCAAUCACAAUAAUUGCAAUCGAAUGCCAAUAAUCAAUAGCAAUACAAUUGCCACCAAAAAUGAAAGAAACUACACAUCGGAAAGUGAAUCAAAUAUCCAAUACGAAACAUGUAUUGAAUGCAAUUCAAACGAUGAUGACCGCUGUCGAACGAAACCUGAAGCACUCCAAGGGAACGUUUGCAAACAGGGCCGUUCGACAGAAAGUGAAGGAUGCUAUUUAAACAUUGCUGAAGAUCGCGUCCAAAGAGGUUGUAUCACGGAUUUGUCAUCAAACAUGAAAACAAUAUGCGUUGGAAAUUCAAAUGACUGUAAAAGUUGCGUUGGUAAUAACUGUAAUGCCAAAGUAAAAUUCCAUGAGUGUUACAAUUGCAAUAGUAAGACAGAUCUACAAUGUUCAAGAGAUGCUUCGUUGACUGAUACGAAGACAUGCCGAACAUACUAUAGCGAAUGUUUAACUGGCAUUGAUAGAAAUGGCUACACACAUCGACGAUGUACCAAUCAACAAAAAAGCUUCAAACGAGAAUUUUCCGAUAAUUUGAUUCUGUGCGACGAUGAGAAAUGUAAUGUCAAAAUAUAUCCAAAAGGCAUUUUGAAGUGUUAUCAAUGCAAUGGCAAAAAGGAAUGUGAUUUAACCGAAGGAAGUAAAUUGAAACCACAACGAUGCACAAUGCUUUCGCAGUAUGAUCAAUGUUUUACGUAUGUUAAUCAAGAGAAGAAAAUAUUCCGAGGGUGUUUGAGUGAUCAAUCAGAGACGCGGUUGCUUUGCGAUCGUGCUGACAAACACGAAAAUGGGACGUGCGUCAAGUGUCGUAGUGAUAGCUGCAAUAAUCAACCGAGAUUGAGAAAACCGAACUUAUCGUGCAUGAGCUGCACAGAAACGGAAACAAAGGAAUGCGCUUUUGGACAGGAUUCAUCGAAAGCAAUCGCAUGUGAAAAUCAAGUUGUGUUUGGCGAUAAGGAAACUUGUUUCACUCGUUUUGUCAAUGAUACACAAAAUGUAUAUCACGUAACACGUGGUUGUACACUUGAUUCUAAUUCAGAGGUUGAUUGGUGCAAGGACGAAGUAGGUUGUAAAAAGUGUUCGGAACCAGGCUGUAAUAAUGAAAAUGCCCGAUGGAGUUUUUGCAUUCAUUGUUCGAGCGUUAUGAAUGGUGACUGCGCUAUCAUUUCUAAAUUAGAUGAUUACACCGUAAAAUGUGAACAUUCAUCAUAUCCAUUCAGCAAACGGGGAUGUUAUACUGAUAAAAGGGAUGGCAAAAUUAAUCGAGGAUGUAUCGCCGAUUUGAGUGCAGAAUAUUACCAAAGGUGUCAAAGCGAUAAUGAAACGUGCAAACUGUGCACAGAAAACAACUGCAAUAAAGAGGACGUUAAUUCAAGUGAAAAAAUAUCAACAGUUCCAAUAUUGUACUUUUUCGUUCUAUUGAUUGUAUACAUCUAAUGUCAACCCCUGAAUACAUAUUUUAUUAUAAUAUUUUUUACGAAAUACAUUCACUGCAAAAAUAUUGCUUUUUGCUUGGAAUUAUCGAUGCUGUGAAAAUAAAUUGUUGUUGAUUUUGGAUCAAA